AUGGGGGAGGAACAGCAAAUGCUGGCAGCACAUAAGUUGGCGUCGGAGGAGGAGUAUUUGAGGCAGAUUGCAGAUCUGAUUUCCACAACGACGCAUAUGACUUUGGAACCCCCGGCAGCGCCGGAUAGAUUCUUGUGCCCCCUGACAAAGGACAUUAUGUUAGACCCGGUCAUUGUGACCUCUGGACGCGUCUAUGAGAGGAGUGCAAUCGAGCGCUGGCUCAAGAAUCAUGACACGUGCCCUGUCAAUCGUGUCCCCAUUGACCCCAAAAUUCUCAUCAGAGUGUUAGACCUGAGGGUAGAGAUUGCCGAGUGGCAAUCAUCCAACCAGUCAGCAAGAACCCCUGUCACACCUUCCAGCCCUCUACACUUCCCUUCAAGUACAGCGGGGGCGCUCCGGAACCUGGCAGAUGGGGACGAUGCGAUCAAAAGAGCCAUACCUCUAGUGCCGGGGGGCUUGGAGAGACUGGUAAUACUAUUGAAGAGCGGAAGUGAGGGCGUGCAAGCGUCUGCAGCAGGGGCGCUCUGCAAUCUGGCGGUCGAUGCCGCGAACCAAAGGGCCAUAGCUGUAGUGCCGGGGAGCUUGGAGAGACUGGUAACCCUGUUGGAGAGCGGAAGUGAGGGCGUGCAAGCAUCUGCAGCCGGGGCGCUCUGCAAUCUGGCGCUUGACGUGGCAAACCAAAGGGCCAUUGCUGCAGUGCCGGGGAGCCUGGAGAGGUUGGUCGCCUUGCUGGAGAGCGGGAGCGAGGCCGUGCAAAAGCAAGCAGCGUGGACGCUCCAAAACCUGGCGACCGAUUUUACAAACAAGAGGGCCAUAGUUUCAGUGCCGGGGAGCUUGCAGAGGUUGGUGGCCCUACUGGAGAGCAGGAGCGAGGGCGUGCAAGCGUCUGCGGCAGGGGCGCUCCAGAAACUGGCAAUUGACGAUCGGUUUCAUGGGGCCAUUGCGGAGGUGCCGGGGAGCUUGGAGAGACUGGUAACCCUGUUGGAGAGCGGAAGUGAGGGCGUGCAAGAGAAAGCAGCAUCGGUGCUCCGGACACUGACAAGGGGUGCAGCAAACGAGAGGGCCACAGCAGCAAACGCGAGGGCCAUAGCUGCAAUGCCGGGGAGCAUGCAGAUGCUCCGUAGGCUAAAGUCCAGUGAGAAUGAGGCAGUGCGGAGGGAGGCGGCGGUGGUGCUGGAGAAUCUUCGUUGGUAUGAUGUGAUAGAGAGUUGUUAA